CCGCCCACAUGUCAAAUUACUGAAGGAAGAAGAAUACAGCUGCUGUAGCUCCUAUAUGCAUUUUGCAUGAAUAUUUCCCGCAUGUUUUGAAAGCAAUCCAAACGUGUUGCUUAAUUGGAUUAGCCCACCUGAGAGCCCCGACUGGAGGGAACAGAUUGAGAUCCUCUCCUCUCCAGCAGCAUCAGUGAACCAUGGACAGCGAGGGCAGAAAGGUUGUCGUCUGUGACAAUGGCACAGGGUUUGUCAAGUGUGGCUUCGCUGGCUCCAACUUCCCAGAGCAUAUCUUCCCUGCCUUGGUGGGUCGGCCCAUCAUCCGGUCAAACACCAAAGUCGGAAACAUCGAGAUUAAGGACCUGAUGGUGGGUGACGAGGCCAGUGAGUGUCGCUCCAUGCUGGAGGUGUCCUACCCCAUGGACAACGGCAUGGUGCGCUCCUGGGAAGACAUGCUUCAUCUGUGGGACUACACCUUCGGCCCCGAGCGCCUGGACAUCAGCCCCCCAGACUGCAAGGUGCUUCUGACAGAACCGCCCAUGAACCCCACUAAGAACCGCGAGAAGAUCGCUGAGGUCAUGUUUGAGACCUACCAGUUCCACGGCAUCUACGUGGCCAUUCAGGCCGUGCUCACACUCUAUGCCCAGGGUUUGUUGACAGGCGUGGUUGUGGAUUCGGGGGACGGGGUGACCCAUAUAUGUCCUGUGUACGAGGGCUACUCUCUACCCCACCUCACACGCAGGCUGGACAUCGCAGGACGUGACAUCACGCGCUACCUCAUCAAGUUGCUGUUGCUGCGUGGCUAUGCCUUUAACCACUCGGCGGACUUUGAGACGGUCCGCAUGCUGAAGGAGAAGCUGUGCUACGUGGGAUACAACAUCGAGCAGGAGCAGAGACUGGCUACAGAGACCACCGUGCUGGUGGAGUCAUACAUGCUGCCUGACGGUCGACAGGUGAUGGUGGGAGGGGAGCGGUUCGGAGCCCCAGAGGCCCUCUUCCAGCCCCACCUCAUCAACGUAGAGGGUGCAGGCGUGGCUGAGCUGCUGUUCAACACCAUCCAGGCUGCUGACAUAGAUCUCAGGUCUGACUUGUACAAGCACAUUGUUCUGUCAGGAGGCACCACUAUGUACCCCGGCCUUCCCUCCAGACUGGAGAGAGAGAUCAAACAGCUAUACCUGGAGAAGGUGCUGCAGGGGGACACUGAGAAACUCUCUAAGUUUAAGAUCCGCAUUGAGGACCCCCCAAGCCGUAAACAUAUGGUGUUUAUGGGUGGAGCGGUGCUGGCCAACAUCAUGAAGGACAAGGAGUCCUUCUGGCUGAGCCGGGCUGACUACCUGGAGAAAGGCCUGAGGGUUCUGGACAAACUGGGGUGUGGCGUGAAGUAGACGUGAAAUAGAGGUGGUUAGCUAGGGUCACACACACACACACACACAUAGAUAAGGUCUGGGGGUGCUGAACAAUCUGGAGCGCAGCAGUAGACAGAAGUCUGGGAGUCCUGGGUUGUAUUCACUAGGCUCCAAAAAACGAUGUGCUAAAAACAACCCAAUUUGGGUUAUUUGGUAACUCAGCGCUGGUUAAAUAGUGGACAGAACACGUUGGGUUAUUUUGACCGUGUCAAUUGGGUUGCGUGAAUAAACCAACACGUUGGGUUGUUGGGAUUACCCAAACAUGGGUUAAUUUAACCAUCAGUUGUGUAUUUUUACUCUCACGCUGGGUUGACCUAGCAGCUGGGUCUUUUUAAUACAACCCUUAGGUUCUGUUCAGGAAGUGUGGCCUAUUAGGGGUGUGUCUUUCAGCUAGUUCUUAUUGGUCACCCAUGAGAGUAAAUGUCAUUACUGUUCAUUACAGUAUGUUAAGUUUACAUACUGCAAAUGCAUAUUUUUUUUUACACAUUCAUCUAUAAUAUUAAGAUGAUUAAUUACAUAUUAUAAUAAAGUAUACCACUUUAUUAUAUCCUGACAAUUGGAUCUACAUUAGCUUUUAGGCAACUCAUACACUUCUGUAAGCCAAUUUAUUUGGUUAUUCCAAAAUUCAUUACAUGUUGAAAUUUCCAAUCAAAUUGAGUCAUACUUAAUUUGUCUUAUAGGGUCAGCCAUAGUAAUACGGCGCCCCAUAAGCAAAUUAGGGUUAAGUGCCUUGUUCAAAGGCACAGACAGAUUUUUCACUUUGAGGUUAGAGGUGGUCAGCUAGACUGACUAGAAAACUAAGAGAAUAUGAUGGGAUGCUACUGUAAUAGAAACAUCUUAGUAUAAUGCCUUCCUGGAUGCUUAAGAACCAGCCAUUGCCUGUCAGAUGAAACAUACAGUAUCUGUUAUAAGUCUGUUGUAAGAAAAUAGAAUAGCAUUUUCAUAUUUGUCACUGUCAACUUUCCAAGUUGUUUCUUAAUGUAAAGUUAACAUAUUGUAUUGCAUACAAUACAACAAUUAUACAGUACAAUACACUUGUAAGGUUUCAUAUUUUUACCAUUUGAAUUCUCACUGUGUCUAAUGGAAUCAUUUUGAAGUAGCCAUUGUUUCAAAUGCAUAUGCAAAUAAAUAUAACUGACGUUAGCCUAAAUGCCAAAUUGAAUAAAGUGAAUGUCAUUGUUUUUGAUGACUGAAUAGCAGUGGUGUAAAGUACUUAAGUAAAACUACUUUAAAGUA